AUGACGGCACCUCAACCGCCUCCGCUCGCCAACAUUCGCGUCCUUGAGUUCGCAGGACUCGCUCCAGGCCCUUUUGCUGGCAUGCUCCUUGCCGACUAUGGCGCAACCGUUCUCCGUCUUGACCGCGCAUCCGCCACGCAUUCCUCCGACCAACUCACGCGCCGCAAGACGUCGAUAUGCGUAGAUAUCAAGUCUCCUGCUGGCCUGGAGCUCAUCAAGAAGAUCAUACCACAAAUCGAUGUCCUGAUUGACCCGUUUCGCCCUGGUGUGCUUGAGAAAGCAGGCCUGGACCCAGAAAAGGUGCUCCUGCGACUAAACAAGCGGCUGAUUGUCGCGCGGAUGACGGGGUUCAGGCGAGACGGGAAAUACGCGCACAUGGCCGGUCACGAUAUCAACUACAUUGCAGUAUCCGGCAUUCUGAGCAUGUUCGGAAGGCAGGGCGAGAGACCGUAUCCACCGUGCAACGUGAUUGGCGAUUUCGCAGGAGGAGGCUCAAUGUGUUUUAUGGGUAUACUGCUUGCACUUCUCGCACGUGAGCGCAGCGGCUUCGGGCAAGUCGUAGAAGCCAACAUGGUGGAUGGCAGCGCUAUACUCGCGACUAUGCCGCGAUUGGGCCUGAAGACGGAGGCCUGGAAGCGCGAGCGAGGCACCAACAUGCUCGAUGGCGGAGCGCCUUACUACGACACGUACGAGACCAAGGAUGGCAAGUACAUGGCUGUUGGCGCUAUCGAGCCGCAGUUUUACGCUGCGCUGCUCAAGGGCAUGGGACUCAAGCCAUCAGACCUUCCUGGCGACCGAGACAAUAUGGCGGAUUGGCCCAAGCUCAAGGAGUUUUUCACGGCAGAGUUCAAGAAGAAGACGCGUGCAGAGUGGGAGGCCAUCUUUGAUGGUACAGACGCGUGCUGUACGCCUGUCUUCACGCAGGCAGAAUUGGAGGAACAGGGAUUCGAUCAACGACCUGCUGUCACGUUGAAGACUUCGCCGGGUCACGCGAUUCAUGAGGGCAGCGACGAAAGAACUGCGGCUGAAGGUCAGGGCAUCGGAUGGCAGGGCAGUGGGUGGACUGAGAAGGGGUUGAAGCCUGGUAGUGGAGGAGAGGAUACGCUGAGUACGUGGAUGGGAUGGACUAAGGGGAGGCAAUAUGUUGAGGAAAAGGGCGGGCUGGUUUGGAAGGACAAUUCGAAAUUGUAG